CUGGUCUCCCGUCUCGUUUGCCGGCGCCGCUCUACCCCGUUUCCGCUCCUCGCCGCCUCCCCCGCCGGGCGGAAGUGCGCGGCGCGGCCAUGGCGGCUGUGGACAUCCGAGAUAACCUCUUGGGAAUUUCCUGGGUUGACAGCUCCUGGAUUCCAAUAUUAAACAAUGGGAGUGUGUUGGACUAUUUCUCAGAGCGAAGUAACCCGUUCUAUGACCGAACAUGUAACAAUGAAGUUGUCAAAAUGCAGCGGAUGACCUUGGACCAUUUGAACCAGAUGGUUGGCGUGGAGUACAUCCUUCUUCAUGCUCAGGAGCCCAUUCUCUUCAUUAUCCGAAAGCAGCAAAGGCAGUCUCCAACACAAGUUAUUCCGUUGGCUGACUACUACAUUAUCGCUGGAGUGAUUUAUCAGGCACCUGACUUAGGGUCUGUCAUUAACUCCAGAGUUCUCACUGCAGUUCAUGGAAUUCAGUCUGCCUUUGAAGAAGCGAUGUCCUACUGUCGGUAUCACCCAUCCAAGGGCUACUGGUGGCAUUUCAAAGAUCAAGAGGAACGAGAGAAAGCUAAACCAAAAGCCAAGAAGAAAGAAGAACCAAGUUCUAUUUUCCAAAGGCAACGGGUAGAUGCUUUGCUCUUAGACCUGAGACAAAAGUUUCCACCCAAAUUUGUUCAGCAAAAGCCUGGAGAAAAGCCUGUCCCAGUGGAUCAAAUCAAGAAGGAACCAGAACCAGUCCCUGAAGCUGUCAAGCCAGAGGAAAAAGAGACUGCAAAGAAUGCUCAACAGAGCACUGGUACUAAAGGACCACCUGAAAAACGGACAAGACUCCAGUGAAGGAAGUUAUUGUUACACAUCUGGAUUAGUCAGUGCGUGGAAAACAGGAGAUUUUUGCUCCCUUUUUUUCUAUAUUUAAGUUCUUCAGCUGAGACUGAUAAUUCAGGGACUGAAGUCCCUGUAACAGCUUUUUCCCCUAGAAGCCUGUCAUGCAGAUAUUAAUGUCAGGACGUUAGCUGCCUCAAAAAAGGUGUUUUCAGUCUUCAUCUUAUUGUGAAUGUUGCCUUCUGGGAAUGGUUUUCACGUGGACAUAUUUUGCAGCCUCCUGAAAUCUUUGCAAACUUUUGCAUCCCUUGUGUCUAGGUUUCCUAUGUAAAAAGAAAAACUUUUAUAUAAAAAAACCCCUUAAUUCUUGGCAAAUAAAAAUCCUGGCUGCUGCAAUACCUUUCUUAAAUGCUUAAUUUGUUAGUGGCAAAUACGCCAUAUGUGUUGGCAACGGUUUUUUGGUUGGAUAUCAGAAUAUAUUGUGUGCUAUUUUGAAGAAGAAAAGUUCAUCUAAAGGAUUUAGGCUGCCUGAUAUAAAUUGCUGUGCCUUUAAUAUUCUUGGGGUACAGAUAAGAGAUUUGAUAACUGGAGACUCAAAUCCAUGCAAUUAGGUGUCAAAAAGUUUCUAGAUGUUCUUGGGCACUCAUUUUACUUAAUGGCUAAGCUGGUCUUUUAUUAUAAAAGCUAAUGUUCUGUGAGCGAGAUUUAUGAUGGCAUAAAACAGGCUAAAAUGUCUUGCUGUUGCACACUCAGUGUAGCUGUUUAUAUUUCUCCUUUUUUCUUUUGCUGUAACUCAAAUACAUCAACUGCAUCUCUUCCUCUG